AUGCUUGGAGCACGUUCAGCUAGAGUGACGUCAUGCGAGAUCAAGGCCGCUCGUAUCAAUGAGGAACUGCAAAUCUAUCGAGUUGGGGCGAGCGAGCGCAAAAUAACCGACACGUCCGCGCGGUCCGAUGGUCCGAUAACAACUGAAAAGUUAUCGCUUCACGCCGUACGGCCAGCGCGCACACUCGCGCGCCGAACGAAAGUGACGCGUGCGCACACGAGCGUGCGUGUGUGCGAGCGCGCAGGCUUGAAUGACGCGCCGAUCGUAGAAUUGAAAAGUUUCAGAGCGACAAGGACGGAGUUUUGCAAAGCGCGAAUUCGGCGGACGGCGCGGCGUGUCCACAUUACCGUCUCGGCAGCGUUACGUAACCGUGAACAAUGUCAC